CAUAGGCUCUUGAAAGACCUCCUGGACGCCAUGCUGGGGAAGCUGCUGGCAGGGUCUCCAGACACGGGCAGGCUCCACUACAUCUUGGAGCACAUUAACCACUGGAUCGUGUCCAGGGUGUCGGAAGAGAGAGCCAGGGUCAUUAGGAGCAGCAUGGCCCUGCUCAGAUCCACCGUCACCUUCUCUGAGUUUGACAACUCAGCGGAAUUCCCCAGGAUGGGUCACCACGUGGCAGAGCUGGCUCUGUCCCUCAGUGACCCAGCCAAGGACAUCAGCUGGCAGGCCAGGGAAGGGGUUUCCUGGCUCUACCAGCUGCUGCUGCACCAGAGGGGCCUGAUCAUCCAUGAGGCCGAAGACCUGUGGGUCUGGGACUGGCACCAGGGCAGCAGGCUCCUGGGCUACAGGAAAACAGCCACUGUGCGAGAGGUCUUCGGAAAGUUCUUCUCAGAGGGGCGGGGAAGGUUCUUUGUCCGUACGGCAGUGCUGGCCAUCCACGCCCCCCGGCUGCAUGUCAGCCAGGCUGAGCUGGUCCUCACCUGUUCUCUCCUGGGGAAGCCAGCAGCUGAUGGGGGACAAGGCUCUGUGCCAGCCUUUCACACAGAUAUAUCCUGCAGCCAGCCCAGCUCAGGGAGCAGUGGGACUGGUGAUCUCAUCCUGUCAAACCAAGUGGCAUAGGUCUCAUUGAGGCUCAGACAGAAGAUCCUGUGCAUCUCCUGGAGAUAAGAACCGUUCACUCUUCCUGCCACUUGGGGCUCUUGCAACAAAAGGGACACUCCUGCUACAUAUCUUGGUUGGGGAGCUUUCCCUAUCCCUGGAUCCCAGCCCUGGUACAGAGACCUAUUUCUCAUCAUGAUAUCCUCAUGUUAUUCUCAGAGGAUGUAUCCAGGAUCCUGGAGAAUAUUUUCUGCAGGAGGUUUGAGUGGGGAAGAGAUCACUCACUUUCACGACCCAGGGGUCUUCAACCCAGGUCUGCAGGGUUCAUGGGAGCAGCCACACUCCAACCCUCCACCUGGCAGCCUGCUGGAAAUUGCUUACCUAGGACCCAUGAAGUUCAUCCCCAGUUUGAGGCUCCACUCCUAAGGUCCUAUUGGAGAAGUCCCAGAGAAGCUAAUUGGCCCCCUGGCCCUGCUUAAGGCAGCAGCAGGAACAGGAAGCUGACUGAACAUCAGGGCUGCUCCCUGUUCUGGACCGUUUGCUGCCUGUUUCUGCUGCCAUUCCCCUGGUUUGAUUUCCUGGCAUCUGAUUUGUGGUUGUGAUCGCAAGUUUGUCUUUUGCUUCUGAUCUUCCAGUAUCCUGACCCAGCUGACUCUCGACUCCUGUCAUGUGAGUGUGGACUCUGGCUCUGACCAGUAGUUCUGGCUGUCCUUGACCCAGCCAUGACAUUGACUUUUGUACAAUUUCUCCAAUGCCCUUUUCUGUUCUACAGCAAGAUACACCAGUCCCUUGUCUCCCCAAGUCCCAGUUGCCUGCUCUUCAAGGGCUGAUGGGUAGUGCUUGUAUUGCCCCCACCCCCACCCCAGCUGCUUUUCCUAUGGGAAUCUCCCUAGAGCAGAAGAGAAAUCUGCUCUUCUCUUGGGAUCAGUCCCAGCAAUAAUUCCAGCCUCCCUGGCCUCAGCUCAGCUACUUUGUUUACCUGGGAUCAGGGACCACUUUUGAAGCUCUUAGCCUGUGGGUGGAGGUGGGAGCAGAGGCUGAAGCUAUAGCAGUUUCCAUGGAAGAACAUCACCCUGUCUUUCUACGGUCUGACUAGGGCUCCCUAUCUAUCUUGGAGCUGAACCCCAGAUGGGAACUGAUAAAUUGUCCUUGGUGGGCUAUGUUCUUGUGUGUGAUGGAGCUGUGU